AGUGAGACAGAUGGCAAGAAGCUGUGUAGCUGCCUGCGGGUCUGACGACUCUCCAUCUCUCGUUCCGUCCGUGUAUCCUUCCAUUAACCCUGCUCCCUAGUUCUGAGCUGAGGAAGUAGAGACGUUAUUUUAACUGACGCCAGUAUUCAGAGCUUCUGGAAAACAACCACCACAAACAAACUACGAGGGGCGUCCCAUUAGGGCUUGCGCGGCCGGACAUUGUGGGUGUGCGUGCUGGAUUUCUGCCGGAUGCUCCCCGACUAACAUGGAUGUCCCACCAUCCCUUGCAGUGGAAGGUUGCUCCUUGGCGCAGUGAGUGAAGAACAUGCAGAGAUUGCUAAUGGGUUUGGGAAGCGGAGACUCCUUCCUCUUUCUGUGACCAUGCCGUGAUCGUGUCUGCGGCUACCACUCGACGCAUCCUCAUUCCAGCCCGAACCGGGAGCCAAACGCUAGAUCGGGGAAGUGGGUGCCGCGCGUGUAGGCACAGAAACACCAUGAAGAUUAUUUUCCCGAUUCUAAGUAAUCUAGUCUUCAGGCGCUCCAUUAAACUCCUGCUCUGUUUACUGUGGAUUGGAUAUUCUCAAGGAACCACACAUGUAUUAAGAUUUGGUGGUAUUUUUGAAUAUGUGGAAUCUGGCCCAAUGGGAGCUGAGGAACUCGCGUUCAGAUUUGCUGUGAACACAAUCAACAGAAAUAGGACCUUGUUGCCCAAUACCACCCUAACCUAUGACACCCAGAAGAUCAAUCUAUAUGACAGUUUUGAAGCAUCCAAGAAAGCCUGUGAUCAACUGUCUCUUGGGGUGGCUGCCAUCUUCGGGCCUUCACACAGCUCAUCAGCAAACGCGGUACAGUCCAUCUGCAAUGCUCUGGGGGUUCCCCACAUACAGACCCGCUGGAAGCACCAGGUGUCAGACAACAAAGAUUCCUUUUAUGUCAGCCUCUACCCAGACUUCUCUUCGCUCAGCCGUGCCAUUUUAGACUUGGUGCAGUUUUUCAAGUGGAAAACCGUCACAGUUGUAUAUGAUGACAGCACUGGUCUCAUUCGUUUGCAAGAACUCAUCAAAGCUCCAUCAAGAUAUAAUCUUCGACUUAAAAUCCGUCAACUGCCUGCUGAUACAAAGGAUGCAAAACCCUUAUUGAAAGAAAUGAAGAGAGGCAAAGAAUUCCAUGUAAUCUUUGACUGUAGCCAUGAAAUGGCAGCAGGCAUUUUAAAACAGGCAUUAGCUAUGGGAAUGAUGACAGAAUACUACCACUAUAUCUUUACCACUUUGGACCUAUUUGCUCUUGAUGUAGAGCCCUACCGAUACAGUGGUGUUAAUAUGACAGGGUUCAGAAUAUUAAAUACAGAAAACACCCAAGUCUCUUCCAUCAUUGAAAAGUGGUCAAUGGAACGGUUGCAAGCACCUCCAAAACCUGACUCAGGUUUGCUGGAUGGAUUUAUGACGACGGAUGCUGCUCUAAUGUAUGAUGCUGUGCACGUCGUGUCUGUGGCAGUCCAGCAGUUUCCCCAGAUGACAGUUAGCUCCUUGCAGUGUAAUCGCCACAAACCCUGGCGCUUUGGGACCCGUUUCAUGAGCCUAAUUAAAGAGGCUCAUUGGGAAGGCCUCACAGGCAGAAUAACUUUCAACAAAACCAAUGGCUUACGAACAGAUUUUGAUUUGGAUGUGAUUAGUCUCAAGGAAGAAGGUCUGGAAAAGAUUGGAACUUGGGAUCCAGCCAGUGGCCUGAAUAUGACAGAAAGUCAAAAGGGAAAACCAGCUAACAUCACAGAUUCCUUAUCUAAUCGUUCUUUGAUUGUUACCACAAUUUUGGAAGAACCUUAUGUCCUGUUUAAGAAAUCUGACAAACCUCUCUAUGGGAAUGACCGAUUUGAGGGCUACUGCAUUGAUCUCCUCAGAGAGUUAUCUACAAUCCUUGGCUUUACAUAUGAGAUUAGACUUGUGGAGGAUGGGAAAUAUGGAGCCCAGGAUGAUGCCAAUGGACAGUGGAAUGGAAUGGUUCGUGAACUAAUUGAUCAUAAAGCUGACCUUGCAGUUGCACCACUGGCUAUUACCUACGUUCGAGAGAAGGUCAUCGACUUUUCCAAGCCCUUUAUGACACUUGGAAUAAGUAUUUUGUACCGCAAGCCCAAUGGUACAAACCCAGGCGUCUUCUCCUUCCUGAAUCCUCUCUCCCCUGAUAUCUGGAUGUAUAUUCUGCUGGCUUACUUGGGUGUCAGUUGUGUGCUCUUUGUCAUAGCCAGGUUUAGUCCCUAUGAGUGGUAUAAUCCACACCCUUGCAAUCCUGACUCAGACGUGGUGGAAAACAAUUUUACCUUGCUAAAUAGUUUCUGGUUUGGAGUUGGAGCUCUCAUGCAGCAAGGUUCUGAGCUCAUGCCCAAAGCGCUCUCCACCAGGAUAGUGGGAGGCAUUUGGUGGUUUUUCACACUUAUCAUCAUUUCUUCGUAUACUGCUAAUUUAGCCGCCUUUCUGACAGUGGAACGCAUGGAAUCUCCUAUUGACUCUGCUGAUGAUUUAGCUAAACAAACCAAGAUAGAGUAUGGAGCAGUAGAGGAUGGUGCAACCAUGACUUUUUUCAAGAAAUCAAAAAUCUCCACAUAUGACAAAAUGUGGGCCUUCAUGAGUAGCAGGAGGCAGUCUGUUCUGGUGAAGAGCAAUGAAGAAGGGAUCCAGCGAGUUCUGACCUCUGACUAUGCUUUCCUAAUGGAGUCAACAACCAUUGAGUUUGUUACCCAGCGGAAUUGUAACCUGACACAGAUUGGAGGCCUCAUAGACUCCAAAGGUUAUGGUGUUGGCACUCCCAUGGGUUCUCCAUACAGAGAUAAAAUCACCAUAGCAAUUCUUCAGCUGCAAGAAGAAGGCAAGCUGCAUAUGAUGAAGGAGAAGUGGUGGAGGGGCAAUGGUUGCCCAGAGGAAGAAAGCAAAGAGGCCAGUGCCCUAGGGGUUCAAAAUAUUGGUGGCAUCUUCAUUGUUCUGGCAGCCGGCUUGGUGCUCUCAGUUUUUGUGGCAGUGGGAGAGUUUUUAUACAAAUCCAAAAAAAACGCUCAAUUGGAAAAGAGAUCCUUCUGUAGUGCUAUGGUAGAAGAACUGAGGAUGUCCCUGAAGUGCCAGCGUCGUCUAAAACACAAGCCACAGGCCCCAGUUAUUGUGAAAACAGAAGAAGUUAUCAACAUGCACACAUUUAACGACAGAAGGUUGCCAGGUAAAGAAACCAUGGCAUAAAGCUGGGAGGCCAAACACCCAAGCACAAACUGUCGUCUUUUUUUCCAAGCAAUUUAGCGAGAAUGUUUCCUGUGGAAAUAUGCAACCUGUGCAAAAUAAAAUGAGUUACCUCAUGCC